ACUUCGCGAACCCAAACUUUGUUUUCAUCCCCAUUAUGCCCCAAACCGACGCUACUCCGCUAAGAAUCGAUUCAAUUUCAUCUCUAACCUACAUCCUUACUAUAAAAUCCUUGUCAAAACCUUCGUUGUCCUCAACUGAAAAACCCAACCCCCCAUUUUUCUCUCUUCAGUCGCUUUCACUACUAAUGGCUUCAUCUGCUCUUACGAUUUCUCCAAGAAAGCUCCGAUCAGAUGUUUACUCGUAUUCUUAUCAGAAUGAUUCAAACACUCCAUUGGUAAUAUCAGUUCUUGCCUCUCUAAUUGAGAGGAAUAUGGCCAGGAAUGAAAGAAUUGCGAAAAACUGUACGUGGGCAUUGUCGAAAGACAUGAGAACUCGAGUUUUUGAUUGCCAUGAGAUACCAGACAUGGCAACUCAAUCUUAUCUCGAGAGAAUCUUCAGAUACACUCGCGCCGGACCAUCAAUUUACCUUGUUGCUUAUAUUUAUAUCGAUCGCUUUUGUCAGGCCAAUCCAGGAUUUCGAAUCAAUGCCAGAAAUGUACAUAGACUUCUCAUCACAACGAUCAUGGUGGCUUCUAAAUAUGUAGAGGACAUGAAUUACAGAAACUCAUACUUUGCUCGAGUUGGGGGAAUUGCAACAAAUGAGUUGAACAAAUUGGAGCUCGACUUUCUGUUCUUGAUGGGUUUCAAAUUGCAUGUGAAUGUGAGCGUUUUUGAGAGCUAUUGUUGUCAUUUGGAAAGAGAAGUGAGCAUUGGAGGAGGCUAUCAUAUAGAGAGGACAUUGCGGUGUGCUGGAGAAAUCAAGUCAAGGCAAAAUGAAGAAAAAAGAUUCAGUCAAAUCGCUCGUAUUAUGUUGUAAAUAAAUCAAGCAAGAUUCAAAGUUUUACUCAGUGCUAUUUUGUUUGCCAUGGUGACAGAAUUACUGAUGUACAGAUAAAAUAUAUGUUAUGGCUUCUUCAAUUUGACUUUGGAACUGGAA